GAGCAGCAAGAUGGCGGAGACAAUGAGGUGGAGCCGCCUCUCCGCGGCCUGAGCGGGCCGAGGCCGGCCGGAGGUCGCCGCCCGCCCCGGCAUUCCCUCCCUCCCUGCCCUCUGCCGGUCUCCGCCGCCCCUCGAGGCUCUGCCCGUGCCCUCCCGCCGCCGCCCGGAGCCCCGCCCGGCUCCCUUCAGCGCCGCCGCCGCCCUAGGCGCGGCCCGGCCCGGCGGCGGGAUGAAGCUGACGGACAACGUGCUGCGGAGCUUCCGCGUGGCCAAGGUCUUCCGCGAGAACUCGGACAAGAUCAACUGCUUCGACUUCAGCCCCAACGGCGAGACCGUCAUCUCCAGCAGCGACGACGACUCCAUCGUUCUCUACGACUGCCAGGAGGGCAAACCAAAGAGAACACUGUACAGUAAGAAGUAUGGAGUGGACCUCAUCAGGUACACACAUGCUGCCAACACUGUUGUUUACAGCUCCAACAAAAUAGAUGAUACAAUCCGAUACCUCUCCCUGCAUGACAACAAGUACAUCCGGUAUUUCCCGGGGCACACAAAGAGAGUGGUUGCUCUUUCAAUGUCUCCUGUGGAUGAUACUUUUAUUUCUGGAUCCCUGGAUAAAACUAUUCGACUUUGGGAUCUUCGCUCUCCAAAUUGCCAGGGUUUAAUGCAUCUCCAGGGGAAGCCUGUGUGUUCUUUUGACCCAGAAGGGUUGAUUUUUGCUGCUGGAGUUAAUUCUGAAAUGGUGAAGCUUUACGAUCUCCGUUCUUUUGACAAGGGGCCAUUUGCUACGUUUAAGAUGCAGUAUGAUCGAACAUGUGAGUGGACAGGCCUGAAGUUCAGUAAUGAUGGCAAACUCAUCCUCAUAUCAACCAAUGGAGGGUUCAUCCGACUGAUUGAUGCCUUUAAAGGAGCCAUCCUGCACACCUUUGGGGGUUAUAACAAUAGUAAGGCUGUCACACUGGAGGCAUCGUUCACACCAGACUCUCAGUUCAUCAUGAUAGGUUCAGAGGAUGGGAAGAUUCACGUUUGGAAUGGGGAAAGUGGGAUGAAGGUGGCUGUGCUUGAUGGAAAACACACAGGUCCUAUAACAUGUCUGCAGUUCAAUCCAAAAUUCAUGACUUUUGCGAGUGCAUGUUCCAAUAUGGCCUUCUGGUUGCCAACUAUCGACGACUAGUUCCUGUGCUGCAGCUGCUGUCAGACAACUUCCACACUGCUCACAGCAGCCAUCAUUGCCAGCACAGCAUUGGAAUUGCCUAGGUCUCCUAGACUGUAUUCUGUUCCUGCAUAUGUUUCCAUCUCUCCUAACUUUAUUUGCUGCAUUCCACACAGCCUUCUAGCAUGUUCAUAAGUGGCAUGCUACUUGUUCCUACCUUCCAGUCCAUGCCCAGCCGGCUUCAGCAGAAGUUGGAACUGACUCAGUAUUAUUUCUAAGAGCAAUGAAGUCUUUUUUAUUUACAAAACAUUUGUGUCAUUUUUUUUUUAGCUGUAAUUGUUUCCCUUCUGUAAGUUCACAAGGCUAUUGAUGUUCCAAGGUAGAACAUGCAGUUCCUUCCCCUAAGUGCAUGUUUUUCACAUCUGGGAUCUCUGACUUCACUGCAGUCCACAGAUGCAAAGUUCCUUCUGUGCCAAAUGUGAACACUGACAGUUUUCGACUUCAACAGCAGAUGCUGGAUUCUCUUGCAGUGGAACACAUGCUGAAGGAGUGGGUGACUGUAAAUAUCCAUUAUACAUCCUGUCAUCCUUUUUUUUGUGAUGUAGCAUGCAGCAAACCAGACAGGUUUUGUCCACUGCCAGAGAUUGCUGAAACCUCCCUGCUAUUUGCUGUGCCAGCAUCCUGGAGGACAAAGACUGCUGAUGAGAGCUGGUCAGUGUCCUAAGCAAUAAAGGAGUCUGUCAGCAGGAAGAUAAAGAAACCAAACUGAGACUGAAAGCACAGUUUGCCUGUGUAUCUUAUGUAUCAUCUUGGCUGAACUUAUUUGUAAAUAUCAUGGGGGGAGGGCAGUGGGAACGGGCCAUAUUUUUUUACUUUUAGAUAUUAAAGAAUAUGAUGUGGGCCAGUAUUGUGGGGUGUCUAGGCUGUUUACCUUCAUCAAAUCAGUUUUCCCUCCUGGUUUUUAAACAAGAUCCAUUCAAUUCUCCCCAUGUCAGGCUUAAACCUGUAUCCCUUUGUUGUUGAAACUGACAUGCAGUUCAUCAUGCAUUUUGUUAUAGGUUCUGCAGGUUUUCAGGGGUAGCCCUGAAAAAGCCGUGCUUCUUUGUCAGGUGGUGUCUUCAGAAUUGCUUAUUUUAAAUCUUAGAUGUGACUGAGCUGUUUUGCGGUGGCCCUGCUCCAAGGAACGCCCUUGCAAAGAGAAGGGAGGGAUAUGCUUGUGGACAAAUGGCACAGAAAGGCUAGCAAGCUGGUCUUCAAGCCUGAUUCCAGUUUCUUUUUCCUGAAAUGUUGCAUUGCUCAGAUGCAUCCACCAGCAGGCUGGGACAGGCUCAGCGUGAAUGUGGUGUUCAUUGUAUUCUUGCCUUUCCAAACAUACUUGGCUUUAUGUGCUGGAUCACAGCUUGGAAAGUCCAUUCUUUCCCUCACCCAGUCACAUGUGCUUCCCCUCUCCUAAAUGUAAAAUGCUGGUAAGGUGACACACCCAGUGACAGGCGUGUUCUUACUGCUCUCAAGUGCCAGCCCAUCCUGGAGAACACUGCUCCAGCAUUUGACCUUAGAUCUACAUGUUCCCCUAUUACAGCAAAGUUCGUGUCAACUGUGGGGCCCUGUAUAUAAUUCAGAGCAUGUCUCCCUGGAAAAGUACAUCACCUUGUAGAACAGCUUCGGUUUUGAUUUUCCUUGCCUUUUAAAAAUGUUUUUAACAGCCCUUGCCAGUGGAAAUGAGCUAAGAGCUGGGGAAGGGGCAUUUCUCCACUGCUGGGUCUUUAAAGUAGCAGCACAUGCUGAGCUGCAGUGUUUGCCUCUGACAGUGGGCAGGAGGGCUGUCCUGCAUGAGGCAGCCUGACAAACUUGGUGUUUGAAUCAAUGCUGUGGUUGAAGCUUCUCCUUAGGCUCAGUGACUUGCCUCUGCUGGUGCUACUGCACAAAUUCAGGGCCAGUUCUAACAGCACAGGUCUGUGAUGUGAGUUUGCCAUUUUCCAGAGUGGAGAAGGGAAGAGCAGACUGAUGCUUUCAGCCUUGCCCAACAGGCCUCCUGUUGGGAGAUGCAGAUGAGAGAGUCGUAAACCUGUACCACCAUCUCUCUUCCUGGUGUGCUGUCCCAUCCUCCCCUGUAAAUGUCCAGUGGGAAGGGAGAUGGCUAUCUUGGUCCUCACAACUGUGACCAGGCUUCCACAGCCACUUCUACUCAAUAUUGUUGCAUUUCAGGCUGCUUGGUGCUAUUUUACCAGUGUUGGUGUUUUCUGUAAGCAGCCAUAUUUUGCAGUGGUUUGUAACAUACAGAUAUUUGGGGUUUGUAGUGCAUUUUAACAGUUAAACUUUAGCAUAUCAUCUUUCAGGGUUUUACCAAGACUGUUGCCUGAGGACAUGAACAGAUAGGCUCCAGCCAUUCUUCAUGUUACUUUUCCCAGGGAAGUAUUUGGAAGUCUCUUGUUCUCAGAAUGCUCUUUGCUGAUGUGGUUUGAGUGCUUGUCUAAAGACCAGUGUCCAGCUGCUUGCAGUGCUGCUUGUGUGUUGCAGCAUGACAUGUUUAAGAAAAGAGGAUAAAAGGACUGAUCUAGAAGGACACGGGCGCUAAGAACAUCAGUGGCUUUCUGGAGUGAGGAGAAAUUUACAGGUUCAUGUGCAACACAGAACUAAUGCUCAGUUCAAAAUUAAAGCUGAAUGACUUCCCAGGGCUGGUUGCCAACCACAGAGGCAAAGAAAUCUGUCUUGGUUGAUGUAGCAUUGAGUGUUUUCUGUCUGCCUUUAAAAGAGGGAAAUGUGCCAAGUAUUGUCAAGGAACUCGUUCUGUUGUGUGUUUCUAGAACAUUAGACAGGAAAGCUGAAUGAAGCUUUUAGCUUCUAUGUGCUUCUCCAAAAGUAUCAGGACUGCAAUUCCUGUGCUACUCAGGGCAGCCAGCUAAUGAGAAAUGAACCUCAUUAAAAACAGCUCUCCCAGGUCGAAUGGAGUGUCCAACCUUAUGUAAAGCCAAGCAGGAAAAAGCAUUCCCCCUCCAAAUUACGAAACUUAAAAUAUUAAUCCCCCGUGUUGAGAUAAAGACCUUUCUUCAGAGCAAGGGAGAAGUGACACUCCACAGCCCACCUCAAUAAACUGUGGUGGUGGCUGAGCACAUCUUCGUGGGCUGUAGGAGAUUUUGGGUUAAUUUUCCAAGUUAAUCUUAGAUUUUAUCUAAUUUUUUUUUUACUCUUCUCAGUUAAUGUCCCAACCCCUGCUCUGGGGAGCACAGGAACAACUGAGUGAACAAAUUUGGAAGCAGCAGUGUAUCUUUUCCAAUGCCUCUUGACUAUAUUUGCACUUUAAGAAUCUUUCACUUUGGUUUUGGGUCAGGGGCUGGGAUCCUGGCCAGCCUUUCAGAAACUGGUCUAUUUGGCUGUGAGCUGAUAAGAGGGAGUUUGACUCCUAGGUGGUAUCUGCCAGAUGAGUGUAAAUGCAUAAAGUCAAAUUAUGCUUUGUCAAAAAUACAUAUGUGGAGAAUUCAGUGUUGUGGCUGUUACCAAUAAAUAUUUUGUAGAGAGAUCA